AUUCUUAUACGGAGAAAAUUUCUUCAACACCGCUUAAUUGCAUGCGUUUUUGGAGACGUUAAUUUAACUGUAAAAUUCAGUGUUUAGAGAACUGUCAUGUCUUGUCAGGAUAAGGAGGCUAUGGAAAAAGACAAAAGGUCGAAAACAUCAAAAUCCAGAAGGGAAACUGCGGUACAAGGUACCAAUGAUAGCAGUAUAGUCAGCAAGUGUUCCAUGUCCCUUCAAGGCUAUUUUGAUGACCCUUAUUUAAAAGGCUUUGUUUCCAAAGUGACAAGACGUGCACCACUUAUACAUAGGGGAUAUUACAUCAGAGCAAAAACAAUAGACUACAUAUUGAAGAAAUUCUUAGAAUGUAACCAUGGAGAUAAGCAGAUUAUUUCACUUGGAGCAGGUUUUGACUCGGCAUACUUCAGACUGAAAUCUCAGAAAUUGUUACAGGAAACUGUGUUCUUUGAGGUUGAUUUCCCUGAGGUGGUGAAAAGGAAGCAUGCACUGAUUGACUUAAACCCAGACCUACUGGCACUGAUUGGUGAGGGUACCUCUCUCAUACCUGAUAAAUGUGAUUAUAUUGAGAUGUCAGCCUGUGACUACAAGUUGCUUGGAGCUGAUCUAUCACAGAUAAACACACUGGAGGCAGCACUGAAGCUGUGCCAUAUUGACUUUGAACUUCCUACCCUACUCCUCUCAGAAUGUGUUCUCACAUACAUGACACGCAGAACUGCAUCUGGUGUUGUGAGAUGGGCCAAUGAAACAUUUGCCAAUUCUGUAUUUGUUUUAUAUGAACAAAUUAAUCCCACAGAUGCAUUUGGAUUAUUUAUGCAGAAUCAUUUUCAAACUGUGGGGUCUCCACUGAAAUGUAUCAACUUCUUUCCCACCAUUCAAGCACAGAAGGACAGGUUCACUCAAAUGGGUUGGAGAAAUCUAGAAGUAUUAGACAUGAAUGAGUUUUAUAACAUGAUGCUUGAUGACAUGGAGCGAGACAGGGUGGAGAAGUUAGAGAUGUUUGACGAGUACGAGGAAUGGCAUCUAAAAUGUGCACACUAUAUGGUGUUGCUAGGUUACAACGGCAACUGCAAUCAGUUGUUAUCUGGAAUGAUGAAACUGACAGAUAAAAGCUUGAAAGCUGUGAAGGAAUAUGAUGGUAUGGUAAAGGUUUCAAGGGUGACUGGUACCCGAGUUAUCAGGAGGUUUGGUCAUGCUACAGCUCAGUUGGGAACCGGUCAGGCAGUAUGUGUUGGGGGUUUUGGAGAGCAAGAAGGAAAGCACAUGAGGGUUACAGACAUUGUACUUGUGGAUUCUGUAACCAUGGCAAUUAAAGUGAUUAAUCCCUGUGUAGACAACAGACUUAUCGAAGGUAGGUGAUCUUUUUUUAAAUAACAUUCGGAUUUUUUAAAAACAAUUCCAGAUGUAUAAAUAAAGGAAUAGAUUUUUGGAUUAUUUUCAUUAAUUUCCAAAAUUAACCCGAAGUAGUUUAAAAAGCACAAAAACUUUGGUGUGCCUAAAAUGCGUAAAGUAGCAUAAAGUGGCGUAAAGUAAAUGACAACAAGUGUGUGAAGUUUCAAUCCAUUCCCUUCAGUAGUUAUGGAGAUACCAGCUUACAUACAAAAACUUAACCAAGAAUUUCUAAGUCGAAAAAGGGGCAUAAUUAUGAAAACAAGCAUUUCUUUACCUCUUACACCAACUAUCUCCUUUUCAAGUAAUUUCAAGAAUAUGGCCCGAGCAAUAACAAAAAAACUAAACCUGGUAGUAGUUUUUGUAUCAUUCAUAAGUUUGCUGAAUGUAUACACCAAAACUCAAUGAAAACAAAAAAGCUUUAUAAAACAGUAGAGUACAUGUUUGUUAUAAAUAAUAGAUUACCCACCUCUGAGCCAUGUUUAAGUCUUAGAUGUCGCCUCAGCCAACCAGAAUAAACAUAUGUUUUUUCACAAAGG